AUGCCUUCGGACCAGGCCACACUAUCGAUAUUCGGGGUAUUUCAAUGGAUCAGAAAAUGUCUUGACAUCGAGCGGGGUGUGAUUCCGUUGCAUGAACGCCAGGGCAUUAUCCGGAACCAACCUGUUUCUGAGGAGUUGCUGAAUACGUUCAUGCUUAUGAGCCAGUUCAGCGCUGCUGUAUACUGUCGUUCAAACAAUGAUUCUCCUGGGACGUCAUUGAGCUGUUCUGCCGGGAAUUGCCCCCUUGUUGAGGCAGGAGAUACGCAGACUGUGGCGGAGUUUCAGGAUACGGCAGCGACCGAUACAACCGGAUAUGUCGCCAUCUCCCGAAAAUACUCCAUGAUCGUCGUUGGGUUCCGAGGUUCUCGCUCCAUGAGGAAUUAUAUUGCAGACCUGACUUUCGAGGGCGAGUCAGUCAAUCUUGCGGGCUGUAAAAACUGCAAAGGCCAUAAAGGUUUCUGGAACUCAUGGCAAGAAGCGAAAGAGCAGGUUGUUCGCGCCGUGCGGCAGGUAUCUGCGGAGAACCCAGGAUAUCAGAUCGUGUUCACUGGGCACAGUCUCGGAGCAGCCGUUGCGACGCUAGCUGCUGCGGAUAUGAGGACAAUGGGCUUGGAUAUUUCUUUAUACACAUUUGGCGCGCCCCGAGUGGGGGACUCAUCGUUAUCGACAUUCAUCAGCAACCAACCGGGCGGUAACUAUCGUCUCACCCACGGUUCCGAUCUGAUACCUCAAUUGCCACCUCUUCUGUUUGGAUACCGGCAUAUAUCCCCAGAGUAUUUCAUUUCGAGCGGUCAGAAUAUUGUUCCGACCCCCAAGGACAUCACCAUAUAUUCUGGAGAUUGGAAUCUUUCCGGCAACACUGGGAAGCUCCCAGGAAAUGUGGUUGCUCAUCAAUGGUACUUCAAUAGAAUCGCUAGCUGCGCGAGCGGCUUCGAAUGGAAAUGA